CCUGGCGGACUCCUUUGGGUCAUAAGGUGACUAAGCAGCAGUGCCCGUCACGCUGUCCCGAGGAGCCCACCAUGAUGGCACCAGAAGGGAAGGUGAGCCAGGGUGUCCCCAGCCAAGGGUUGGAGCUGGAGGAGCCUCCCGGCCUGCGGAGAGGCGUGGGGGGGGUGCCAUAGGGGCAGCAGCUGCCUUUCUGCCGGCCUGGAGCAGGCAGAUGGGCUCCCGUGGGAAAUGCCAGACGGGGCGAGGAGGCCGCUUUCCCUAGAACCCCAGCCCUGAAGCACCCGGGAAGAGUCCCAGAUGUCACAGACAGGCCCACAGGCCAUCAGGGGUCCACACCCUCAGCCCUCUUGCCCCUCCCCAGGACCUGCCUCGAGGAGCUGGGCCUCCCCUCCCACCAAGACAGCCCUAGCUGGGGCGGCCCGGGGCCCUGUGGAGCCAGAGGGGGCGGUCCACAGCGUGUCGACAGCCCAGGGCUCCGUGAUGUCAUAGCGGGUGCUCGGGAGGGGGAGGGGGUCCGGCUGUUUUUCUGGAGAGUUAGAGCCGGAGUAAGACAAAGCGGCUGGGGCCGGGCAGGGGCCAUGGAGCUGCCGUCCCGCAUCCUGCUGUGGAAACUUGUGCUUCUGCAGAGCUCCGCUGUUCUUCUGUACACAGGGCCCUCGGGGCCCGCAAGCGCGGGCAGCUCCGUGGUGUCCGAGUCCAAGGUGAGCUGGGCAGCAGGCUCCGCGGCGGUGCUGCGCUGCCAGAGCCCGCGCAUGGUGUGGACCCAGGACCGGCUGCACGACCGCCAGCGCGUGGUGCACUGGGACCUAAGCGGCGGCCCGGGCGGCCCCGCGCGCCGCCUGGUGGACAUGUACUCUGCGGGCGAGCAGCGCGUGUACGAGCCGCGCGACCGCGGCCGCCUCCUGCUGUCACCCUCCGCCUUCCACGACGGCAACUUCUCGCUGCUUAUCCGCGCGGUGGAGGAGACGGACGAGGGGCUGUACACCUGCAACCUGCACCACCACUACUGCCACCUCUACGAGAGCCUGGCCGUCCGCCUCGAGGUCACCGAUAGCCCUCGGGCCGCCCGCGCGUACUGGGACGGUGAGAAGGAGGUGCUACUGGUGGAGCGCGGGGCGCCCGCGCUGCUGACCUGCGUGAACCGCGCGCACGUGUGGACCGACCGCCACCUGGAGGAGGCGCAGCAGGUGGUGCACUGGGACCGGCAGCCGCCGGGGGUGCCGCACGACCGCGCAGACCGCCUGCUCGACCUGUACGCGUCGGGCGAGCGCCGCGCCUACGGGCCACCUUUCCUGCGCGACCGCGUGGCGGUGGAGACGGACGCCUUUGCGCGCGGCGACUUCUCGCUGCGCAUCGACCCGCUGGAGCCAGCAGACGAGGGCACCUACUCCUGCCACUUGCACCACCACUACUGCGGCCUGCACGAGCGCCGCGUCUUCCACCUGCGAGUCACCGAGCCCGCCGCGGAGCCGCCUCCCAGGGACUCGCCGGGCAACGGCUCCAGCCACGGCGGCGCCCCGCGCCCAGACCCCACACUGGCGCGCGGCCGCAGCGUCAUCAACGUCAUCGUGCCCGAGAGCCACGCCCACUUCUUCCAGCACCUGGGCUACGUGCUGGCAGUCCUGCUGCUGUUCAUCUUGCUGCUGACCACCGCGCUCCUGGCCGCCCGCCGGCGCCGCCGAGGUUACGAAUACUCGGACAAGAAGCCAGGGAAGCCACAGGGGAAGGACCUGAACAUGGUGGAGUUUGCUGUGGCCACAGGGGACCAGGCUCCUUACAGGAGUGAGGACAUCCAGCUCGGUGAGGGGUUGGGACACCAAGGCACAGACUGUGGCUCCCAGGCCUGGUCUGGGGAGGUACAUCUCCGGUGGGGGAGACCUGACCCUGCUCUCCCGGCACCAGAUUUCAAAAACAACAUCCUGAAGGAGAGGGCUGGGCUGGCACACAGCCUCCCACCUGCCAAGAACAUCGACUUGGACAAAGAGUUCAGGAAGGAGUACUGCAAAUAAAGUGACCCUGGGCUUCUGGCUGGGCCAGCAGCUCUGUCAACUCCUGUCUGUCUGCCUCGGGGGACAUCUCCUGACCCUCAUGCAGCUCACCUAGCCCCCUUCCAGCGGCUGGUCCCGCUUUUCUGGAACUUGGCCAGGCGCAGAGGCCACCUCCAUGUCCCCCUCUCAGGGACUCUGCAGCAGUGCAGCCACCGCCCCGCCCAGAUCACUGGUGGCUCUGCCGCACAGCCUCUGUGAUGGCCCUGGGGGCUGGGGCAGGAAGACAUUCUUGGAGGGGGCUCUGUCAGAACAGGAGACUGGGGGGAGCUGGGGUCAGCCUGAGGGCUGGCACCCCCCCCCACUCCUCCAGGGAGCUGCCUGCUGCCACUGAGCUCCCAAGCCCUCCCCAACUGCAUUGUGCAUUACUCUGAGCCCCCAGCCCACACUCUGCUCUGAACGGGGACCUGAGCAUCAAUGAACUCCGGGACCCAGGCUAAGGCUCCUGUGUUGCUUUGGGCCCCGGGGGCUGCCCCAUGGCCCUCUCUCUGCUUUCCACUCCUGCUCCAUCUGUGUUCUCAACAAGCUGUCCUGACAGUCACUGGGCUCCAUGUGACUUUUGACCCUGACACCCUUCCCUUGGCUCCUCCCUGAGCUGGAGUUGGGGCUGGGGCCACAUUUGGCUUCUGUAUUGGCUGAGGACAGGGGAAGGGGUGAAGACAGUUCCAGGGUAGCCUGUGCUGCCACUCCUGACACCCCACAUUUGCUCCUGCUGGUGUAAUUGCUACCAUCACAAUAAAGGCCACAUCUGAUUUUUAGACUUA